AUGAUUAUGAUUGAAGCAUUGUUAUGCAUGCGAAUCUUGUGCCUGACACAACUGUUUUGGAUUUUCCUGUCUUUUCCUGAACUCACUCAGGCUGGGCAUUGGCACUAUUACAGUUCCACAGAAGUGGUGAUUCCCAUGAAGAUAACUGAGAAAACUAGAGGAAUGAACCCUCAAAAUUGGAUCUCCUACAGCUUUAAACUUGGAGGCCAGAGACACAUCAUCCAUAUGAAGAUCAAGAAUCUUUUUCUAACCAGGCAUCUCCCAGUGUUCACCUACUCUGAGCAGGACUUUCUGCUUGAAGAAUACCCUUUUGUACAGGAUAACUGCUACUACCAUGGUUAUGUGGAGGGUGACUCAGAAUCAUUAGUUUCCCUCAGUACCUGUUUUGGAGGCUUUCAAGGACUGUUAGAGAUAAAUAACAUUGUUUAUGAAAUUAUGCCCAAGAAGUUUUCAACCAAAUUUGAACAUCUGGUCUAUAAAAUGGACAGUAAUAAAACACAAUCAAGAAGUUCCAGCCUUAUGCAAGAUAACAUAACAUGCCAAGUAGAGUUACAAAGAAGUCGAAAUUCCACCCUCAAGCAAAGUAGUUUUGAAGGCUGGUGGACACAUACUAGAAUUGUUGAAUUAGUAGUAGUGGUGGAUAAGACACUAUAUGACCACUAUGGACAUAAUUACACAGUAAUGCUGUUAGAUCUAUAUUCCGUGAUAAGUAUAGUGGAUACCAUUUAUGAGGCAAUCGGUAUUAAAACAUUAUUAGUUGGUUUGGAGAUUUGGAAUAAGAAAAACCCUAUCGUGAUAGAUGAUGUAAGAAAAUCUCUAAGACUGUAUUGCCAGUGGAAAGCCUUGAACUUUCUUCAUCGAUUAAAACACGAUACCUCGCAUCUUUUCAUACACAGGCACUUGAGAGGAUUAAGUGGCAUAGCUUCCACCAAUGGGAUUUGUGAUCCAAAUCGUAGUUGUGCAGUUGUUACUUUCAUAGACAGAACUUUGAACCUUCGUGCCCUUGGAGUGGCUCAUCACUUAGGUCAUAAUUUGGGCAUGAACCAUGAUGAAGAUACAUGUAAGUGUAGUUACAGUAAAUGUAUAAUGCACAUGGACAGCCCUCCAAUACCCAAAUUCAGCAAUUGCAGUUACAAUUCCUUUUGGUCUUACACUAUGAAGUACGGAAGCUGUUUGAUGGAAAACAUGUACAUGAAGGAUAUCUUUAACAUGACACACUGUGGAAAUGGUGUUGUCGAAGGCAAAGAGGAGUGUGACUGUGGAUCUUUAAGGAACUGUGCACAUGACUUCUGCUGCAUGUCAGACUGCACUCUGAGUAUUGGGGCUUCCUGUGCCUUUGGACUUUGCUGCAAAAACUGUCAGUUUUCACCAUCAGGGACUUUGUGUAGAAAAAGUGAUAAUGUGUGUGAUCUUCCAGAGUGGUGCAAUGGAACAUCCCCUGAGUGUCCAGAUGAUUUUUAUGUGGAAGAUGGAAUUUCCUGUGGAGUUUCAGCCUAUUGUUAUGAAAAGCGAUGUAAUGACCGCAAUGAACAUUGUAGGGAGAUUUUUGGCCAGAAUGCAAAGACUGCAAAUGGACAUUGCUACAGAGAAAUAAACACUAAAGGUGAUCGUUUUGGCCAUUGUGGUCUUCAGGGACCUACAUAUAUAAAAUGUGAAAGCAAUGAUUCACUUUGUGGGAGAAUUCAAUGUGAUAAUGUGAUAGAAAUUCCCCAUUUGCAAGAUCACAGUACUGUUCACUUUGCUGUUGUUAACAAUGUAUCAUGCUGGGGUACUGAUUACCACACUGGGACAAACCUAACUGAUAUAGGUGAUGUAAAAGAUGGCACUGAGUGUGAGCAAGAUCAUAUCUGUAUCCAUAAGCAUUGUGUACAUAUAUCUGCAUUGGACAGUAACUGUUCACCUACAUUCUGUAAUUAUAGGGGCAUUUGCAACAACAAACAUCACUGCCACUGCAACAUCCGCUGGGAUCCCCCUAACUGUAUGAUAAGAGGACAUGGAGGUAGUGUAGACAGUGGCCCACCUCCUAAAGCAAGGAGAAAGAAUCCAUUUUUCUAUCUGAUUCUAUUAAUGCGAAUUAUUUCCCUUUACCUUUUAAGUUGUCUUUGUUGGCUACUUCUUUUCAGAAAUGAAAAUAAACAAACCCCCCAAGUUCAGUCUACACCUGUAGAAAAAAGUGAAGUUUCAAAGGAAGUUUCAAGCCAAAAGUCUAGUUCAGUGCAUUUCCAGAGUCCACCUCAGUCAAGAAAGCCAUCACUAUUGGCUACAUCAACAUCAUCUGAAAAAAUUACCGAUUAA